AUGUUUAAACGAUUAGUUCGUUGUCAUGUGAAAUCAUCUCGUACACCACCCAGUAAAGAUGGUACAAAUAAUAAUAAAAUUCACUUACCAACCAAAUGUACUGCGUGGUUAUUUUCAACCAUCUCUUCUUCAUCUAAAAUCUCAACUACCAGUGAUGUUGAAGCAAGUAAAAGUACAGAAACUUGUUUAAUAGAUAACUCUUUUAAAACGAACAAUUGCAAUGAAACAUGCAAUUUGAUUAACAUUCAACAUCCUAAUGAUAGUCAACGAAUCUCUUGCAAUCCUUACUGCCCUGAUCCAGAAAUUAUAAAACUACCUUUUGCACAUUUUACUAAAGUUAGAAAUCAAUUUCUGACUAUUCGAUCUCAAUCAAUAUCUUCAUCUAUAAAAGAACAGUUAAAAUCUCAUUCAUUUAACAAUUGGUUAUAUUCAGAUGCUGAAUUAAUUAAUUUUGUUAAAUUUAUGUUUGUGGAUUUAAAUCUACCGGAAUUAUGUCAUUUCUCUACUGAUACACUUGAAAAUUGGUUGUUUUCAACUUAUUCACGAUAUAACAAUGUACCAUUUCAUAAUUUUAAACAUGCAUUUAUGGUAACUCAAAUGAUGUAUUGUAUCAUUAAAAUGGUCAACUUACCAUUGUAUUUAUCCUCAGUGGAUUUACUGAUUCUAUUGUUCUCCGCUUUGUCACAUGAUCUUGAUCAUCCGGGUUUUACAAACUCUUACCAGAUUAAUGCUGGCACUUGGCUUGCUCUACGUUACAAUGAUAUAUCACCAUUGGAGAAUCAUCAUUGUAUGACAGCAUUCGAUCUUAUCAACAACAAUCCAACGGCAAAUAUUAUCAGUGGAUUAACACCAAAUGAAUCACGUCAUUUUCGUAGAUCUGUGAUAAGAUGUAUUUUAAGCACAGAUAUGACCAUCCAUUCAGAAUGUCUAUCACAAUUUCAAGUUUUACGAAAACAGGUCUAUAUGAAUUGCCAGUCAUUAUCUAUGGAUAUGAGUAGUAGUAGUAUUAGUAGUAUAAAACAUAAUCACCAAAAUAUUGAUCAUUCUUGUUGUGAUAAUAAUCAACAAGGGAAGUUGAAAAAUCCUGAUUCAAUAUUUCCUUCUCUUCAAUUAUUAUCAUCAUAUAUUGAUCCUUCAUCACCGUCGCCUACACAACAACAGCCUACACUAACAACUUCCCGUGAUUAUUAUCAUCAGCAUCAUCGUCAUCAACCUAACCAUAAUGACAAUGAUGAGACAGUGGUGGACAGACAAAAUCGAUCAGAAAAAUAUGACCAAUAUAAUUCAUGUAUCAAUCAGCAUGUUGAUAAUAAUAAUAAUGAUAAUAACGUUGUUAAUUUUGGUGGUGAUAAUGACAGUGAUCACAAUAAUGGCGAUUAUAUUAAUAAUAAUGAUUAUGGUCAUAUUAAUUCAUCACUAAUCCAGUCUUCAUUAAUUUCAUUAAUUAAUCAACAACCAGAAUAUUUAUUAAGACUUUUAAUGAUACUGUUGAAAGUAUGCGAUAUAUCAAAUGAGAUUCGUUCACCAUUAGUUGCUGAUGUCUGGGUGGAUUGUUUAUUCAAAGAAUUUUUUCUUCAGGCUGCAGCAGAAAAACAAGCUGGUCUUCCUGUUGCCCCUUAUAUGGAUCCAGAUCUUGUAGUGAAAUCCAGUAGUCAGUUGAAUUUUUUACAUAGUAUUCUAAUACCAUUAGUAAAGGAACUGACCUAUAUCUUUCGUGAAUUACACGUACUUUUGGAAUCUGCGCAUAGACGAUCAGAGCAGUUCUCUAAGAUUAGACAAUAUGAAUUAGCUCAACAAGAGAUGGAUAGUAACUGUUGUUCAACAUCAGUAACCACAACAUCAUCGUCAACAGUACCAAUAACAACAACUACUAGUACUUCUGUAUGUCAUGUCAUGAAGUCUAAUGUACGGACUACUGGGGAAAAUAUUAAUUGUGUUCAAUCAGCACUUUGCUCCGAUGAAAUAACUUUGAAUUCAAAUGAAAACUUAAGACAAAAACAACAUCAACCACAUAGUCGACAUGAAUCUCCAACUAUACAUACACAUACUGGCUAUUUAUCUUCUUCAAUAUCACCAUCAUCAUCAUCUACCUUGUGUUGUAAAUCAUCUCCUAUAAAAGUUCAACAAUCUCAAGUACCACUUUGUGUAACUGUUGAAUCUCCUUAUCGUAAAAAACAAGAAUAUUCUUCAUUUACGUAUGAUGUAUACAAUGACACAACACACUGA